AUGUCAUCAAACCAGCAACAGUCGUCCAGUUCUUCGGACUCCCAGGCUUCACUGCUCGGAGGCCAUGUCAAGUAUGUCCAAGGCGCCAUCUCCUCCGCAGCAGGUUACAGCUCCGGGGCGCAGACUAAAGCCGCCGCCUUGCAAGAGAUGAAGGACGCCAAGGCUCAGUCCGAUCCCGAGUCCGCCCAAGGACAACCCAUCCAGUCGUCAGUGCUGGGCACGCUCGAGAACGCAGCGGGCCAGGUUACCGGGUGCGAGGGCAUGGUUGAGGAGGGGAAGCAGAGGAUCCCGGAGAAGAGGGGCGUCGAGGAGCAGAGUGGGACGGGCUGA